AUGCCCCCCUCAAGGCCGCAUUAUGCAAUACAGAACUUGGCAACUCCAUCGAGGCUCAGAUCUCUUCUGGGAACAACAGCGACCAGCCUGGGAGCUAGGCAAUACCGCCGGGCAAGCAGCCCCUCCAACGGCUAUACACCAUCCCCUCUAUCCGUUUCCACCACCACCAAUGUCUACCCCUCCGUCUGCUCUUCAAGUAACGUGCAGUCUCUCCCUUUGGACCCAGGACCUGGUCCUUCUACCGAUCUCGCUAUGCGUGAAGACGCGGAUAUGGAGGACCUGGAUGAUGAUAUGGGUAUCCCUGCUCUUCCCCUCGAACCUCUCAAUGUCGACUUGCCUUCCGAAACAGACCUAUUCGCGGAUUGCGUCGCCAGAUUCCCUUUCGACAUACCCACGUCCCUUGUCCCUUCGGUCUCCCAGCGGCAACGCAACCCUUUUCGGGAGGGUCCAAUGCAGGGGGCGGGAGGGAAGAAGAUGCCAUUCCUCUGUCGGUCGCUGGUGUUGGAUUCUGGAGUUCAGUACGCAGGACGCUGCGAGUAUAGACGUAUACGGUAG